GCAAAAUAUCGUGCGGUUCCCCGGCGCUUAUAGUUCUUCGCGAAAGAUCAUUCUCGUGAGAUUGGCGGGCGCGAAUUUUUCCGGGUUUUUUUUUAAAAAGUUUUUGUUGGUGCUUGGGAACCCUCUGCCGCCGUUUAUGAGAAUGGGCGUUUUACAAUUUUGGUUCCGCGUUAUGGGAACUACCCUUUGGAUAAUCUCGAUCCUGUCCAUAACCAACCUGACAGGUGGCCAUUCAACUUUGAUACAAGAACAGCUAGAUAUUACGACCUAUGUACGUCCACUACCGGAAGAUUUACGUCAAAAAGUCCGCCUGGCACUGAAAGCUGAAGAAGGAAAACUGUUGUCGGCCAAAGAAUGCGAAGAGGACGAAGACAAGAUCGCGUGUCCUCCCAGCAAAUAUAGAUCGUCCAGCGGAGAAUGUAAUAACGUUAGACAUCCUGGUUGGGGUACGAGAGGAGCGGCGUUUUUGAGGCUGGUGGAACCAGAUUAUGCUGAUGGAAAACACCAACCACGUAUUUCCACCAGCUCCAAGCCGCUUCCCAACCCGCUGGACGUAGCUUCAACCCUCCAAUCGAUACCAGUCGAAUCGCAUGAGUCGGUAACAGCCCUUUUGGGUGCUUGGAGUGAGUUACUGCUCCACGAUUUGGCAAUGACUGGCAAUUUGAAAAGUAAAGAUUGUUGUUCCGACAAUGACAUCCAUCCGGAGUGUUAUGGAAAACUUGGUAACGGUCAAUGCAAGGAUUACAUGCGAACGUUGCCUUCAAUUGAUGGCGAUCAGUGUAAUUUUAAAUAUCGUAAUCAAAUGAAUCUUGCCUCAUCCUUCCUGGACGGAUCAGCAAUCUAUGGCAACUCCGACACUCAAUUAGAAUCUUUAAGGACUUACGAUAAUGGCUUGGUAAACGUAUCAGCUUGUUCUUCAUGUCAAGCUAACGCACUGUAUUCGGCCAUUUUAAAAGAACACAAUCGAAUUGCUGUGGCUUUGGCCACUUUGAACAAACACUGGAACGACGAUGAGCUUUUCUACGAGAGUAGGCGGAUUGUAGUUGCUGAAUUGCAGCAUAUUACCUACAACGAGUUUUUGCCCAUUGUUUUGGGUCAAGAGUCAAUAGUUAAUACAGAGCUCAGCUUGAAACCACAUGGAAGGUUUUCGAAAUAUUCUAGUUCUAGAAGAGCUGGUGUUUUCAAUGAAGUGGCAAUGGCCGCUUUACCAGCACUUUUGUCUAUGCUACCAAGCAGCUUGAUGAACAAAACAGCAGAAACUUUUGCCGAAAUGAUCGAUAUCCUCAUAACAGAACAAGCCCAGAAUCCCAGCGUGCACAUUUCAGUACCUCUACGUACCGAUUGGGAUACCGCAGCACUAUUUCUGCAUAUGGGCAGAGAUCAUGGUAUUCCUGGUUACAUCAAAAUCCUAGAAUAUUGCACAAAUUCUACAUUCAGUAAACCUCCCAAGUUUGAAGAUCUCAAAGCUCACGGCAUUAAGUCUGAAUAUAUCAAAGCCCUGAGGUAUUUGUACAAUAAAACUGAAAACAUCGACUUACUAGCUGGUACCCUAUUGGAAAAUCCUCUUCCUGGAGCUAUAGUUGGGCCAACCUUGAAUUGCCUCAUCAAAGAACAAUUUAACCUUUUGAAGAAAAGUGACAGAUUUUGGUACGAAGCUGACUUACCUCCCAGCUCGUUAACAACCUCGCAACUCAAAGAAAUAAAAAAAAUCACGUUGGCAGGCUUACUUUGUGCUAACACAGACGACUUAGGCAAAAUCCAACCAAAAGCUUUCGUCAUGGAAGAUCAAUACCUUAACGGCAGAAUACCUUGCGAUCAACACGCCCUACCACAAUUAGUUGAAUGGGUAGAAAUGGACCCUAUGGUAGAUGUAAGUGAAGAACUUCUCAUGGAGGCUCUGUCUAAGGCAGAACAAAAAGUUUUGGAAAGAAGAAAGAUGGAAUAUCAAGUUUGGAGCACUGUUGGUGGUAUUGAUCCAAAAUCACCUCACGGAAUUGCAGCAUCUUUUAGCAAGGCUAGCAAACAAGCUUUGAAACUAGCCAAUACUUCACUUUUGUUGGAGUUUGCUUCAAAUGAAAUUAUGAAUUCGUUAUCGCAUAGACGCCGCAGGCGUCAAGCUUUAGGUGGUAGAUCAUUACCAUUCCUUUUCCCUGACGAAUUAGGCGAUAGCUUACAAAGCGUGGACAUAUCUUCGUUUCUUCCAAGUGAAGCCCUUCAGGAUGAAGAGCAUUGUGAAGAGCAAGGCCCUUGCGAUCCAACGUUUCCUUACCGAACCCUCUCUGGUCAUUGUAAUAAUUUAAAAAAGGCCACAUGGGGUAAAAGUUUGACUACCUUCAACAGACUGUUGCCAAGUGCUUACGAAGACGGACUCUCUAAGCCAAGAGUAACCGGAGUGACAGGAACACCUUUGCCAAACCCUAGAGCCAUAUCAAGAGUUAUUCAUCCAGAUAUUAGUAAUCUCCACAAAAAAUACACCUUAAUGGUUAUGCAGUUUGCUCAGCUAGUAGACCACGAUCUAACCAUGACUCCGAUUCACAAAGGCCAUCACGAAUCUAUUCCCAGCUGUAGAUCUUGCGACAGUCCAAGGACUGUGCAUCCAGAAUGCAAUCCAAUUCCAAUUCCGCCAGGAGAUCACUAUUAUCCGUCGUUCAAUGUCAGUACAGGACGUUCGAUGUGUUUUCCGUUUAUGAGAUCUUUGCCGGGGCAGCUUCAGUUGGGACCCAGAGAGCAGCUCAAUCAGAACACGGCCUUUUUGGAUGCUUCAAUGGUUUACGGCGAAAAUCCGUGCGUUUUGAGAAAAAUUAUCGGCGAGCACGGGAAAAUGAACUGGACCGAAAUAGCGUCUACUAAAGGGGCUUUGCCGACAUCACCUACGCAUCCGGAGUGUAGAUCUGCAUCUGGACUUUGCUUUAUUGCAGGUGACGGUAGAGCAUCAGAACAACCAGGACUAACCAUGAUCCACACAAUCUACAUGCGCGAACACAAUAGAGUCAGGGAUGCCUUGAACCGUGUCAACUCUCAUUGGGGAUCCGAAAAGAUUUUUGAAGAAUCCAGAAGAAUUGUUGUGGCUAAUGUGCAGCAUAUAACCUACAAUGAAUUUCUACCAAGAAUACUUGGUUGGAACGCGAUGAACCUCUACGGCUUAAAAUUGCUGAAUCAAGGCUACUACGGUGACUACAAUCCGAAUUGUAAUCCAUCAAUAUUCACAGAAUUUGCCACUGCGGCUUAUAGAAUCGGCCACUCGCUUUUGAGGCCUCACAUUCCCAGAUUGGAUAACAAUUAUCAAAUUGUGGAACCGCCAAUUUUGCUUAGAGAUUUUUUCUUUAAAACAGACAUAAUGAUGAAACCUGGAUUAAUAGAUGACAUUGCUCGUGGAAUUGUAUCCACACCAAUGGAAACCAUGGAUCAAUUCAUAACAGGCGAAGUAACCAAUCAUUUAUUUGAAGAUAGAAAAAUACCAUUUUCUGGAAUCGAUCUGAUUGCUCUUAACAUACAAAGAGCUAGAGAUCAUGGAGUACCUUCGUACAACAAUUACAGAGCUCUAUGUAAUUUGAAAAGAGCAACCUCGUGGGAGGAUUUAUCUAGGGAAAUAGCUCCAGAAACUAUUCAAAGAUUAAAGGCUACAUAUGCUUCUGUUGAUGAUAUUGAUCUAUUUCCUGGAGGCAUGAGUGAGAGACCAUUGGCUGGAGGUCUUGUAGGUCCCACUUUUGGGUGUAUUAUUGCCAUACAGUUUAGGCAUGCUAGAAAGUGUGACAGAUUUUGGUAUGAAAAUAAUGAUCCAGUUGUAAGAUUCACUGAAGCUCAACUAGCCGAACUUAGAAAAAUAACUUUAGCCAAAACAGUCUGUGAUAAUUUAGAUGGUAAUAGUGAUAUGCAGAGGGCUGCUUUUGACUUGCCUUCUAAUUUUCUUAAUCCAAGGGUGCCUUGUAGAAAUCAUCCAAGCAUAGAUUUUAAUGCUUGGCGAGAAAAUGCACCUGGUCAAGGAUGUCUCAUUGGAAAUAGACAUUUCCAAGUGGGAGACAGCGCUUUUCCAACCCCUUGCACCAGUUGCGUUUGCACCGCUGACGGUGGAAACUGCGCAUCACUCAAAAUAACCGAUUGCAAUCAGCUUAUGAAAGAAUGGUCCAAAGAGGCCAUUUUACAAGACGAAGUCUGCACUGCACAGUGCGGCUUCCUGUUUCUCAACCCUUCAAAUCCAUUUUUGUCUAAAGCCAACGGGUUUCAGUCCAGGCACCAGUUUGUACGACAGGCAAAUCCUACAGGAUUCGAUUUUCCCAGAGACGUUCCCGAUUUGAGCCCUUUUAUUGCUUGAGAAGGGUUCGCGACUGAUUUUAACUUUUUUUUGUAAAUGUAUUUUAGGCUUAAGUUUCAAAAAUAUAUAUAGUUUCUUAUACUUUUCAAUUGAAUAACCACAGUGCCCAUUAUAUUAUAGCCAGUUUAUUUCAUCAACAAUUCAAUGUAUUUAUAUUCAUUUUGGGCUUAUGUAUCUGUAGUAUUAGGUUCAUAUGUAAAUACAUGGUGGCUCGACGUUUCAAUAGUCACCCUGUAUAUAUUUUAAUAAACUCAGUUAAUAAAAACUGUAUAUUUCUAUGUAUAAGACUAGAAAACGAAUGUACAUAUUUGUAUAAUAAUAUGCACUUUUGAGUCAAGUUGCUUAGUGUAAAAUAGAAAAAAAAAACAUGUUUGCUGAUUUUAUUUUUCUAUAAUAAAAGUUGUAUAAAACUUGUCCUAAAAAUAUCUAAUCGUCUAAUUGGCACAAACAAGCCACACCACGAUUAAUCCAAUGCUUCUGGGGCAAAUAACUAUUAAAAGUUGUAUACAUGACAAAAUUGGUGGAAUGUCCUGUAGUGGACAAAACACCUCUUCUAGCGCUAGUUUUGUAAACGGGACAGUCGUAACAGGGAGUCGGUUUGAAAUGGGCUUGUUGGGCGGGUUUCAGCCACAUAAUCGGGACCAUAUCGAAUAAUAUUUUCGGAAAAGACUCAGCUAGUAAUUGAGUUUUCCUGUCCCAUCUGGCACCUUCCAGAAACAGACCCUAGAAUUUGAGCAAAAAAAGGGUUACACUCAUAGAAAUUCCUUUUAAAUUGUGCAGUUAGAAAAG